CCACGAACAACACACUUCAGCAACAAGCUUCAUCAACAAUGGCCGCCUCCAACAAAACUGUUCUUAUUACGGGCGCCAACCGGGGAAUCGGCCUCACCUUUGCCAAGCACUACACCAAGGCUGGCUGGAAGGUUAUCGGCACGGCGCGUAACGUGAAUUCGGCCAAUGAUCUCAAGGCUCUAUCGCCGUUUAAGAUUGUCCAGCUGGAUACGACCGACGAAGCUUCGAUCACCCGAAUGGCCGAGGAGCUCGACGGUAUUCCUAUCGACCUGCUCAUCAACAACGCCGGCAUCCUCGAGCCAGGAUCGUACGCUACAGCCACAAAGGAACAUUUCAUGCGCCACUUCGAGAUCAACUCGGUGGGUCCGUUCCUCACUACGCGUGCACUGCACAACAAUCUCAAGCUGGCUGCCGACGCCCACGGACUUGCGAUCGUCGCUUCUGUCACGAGUCUCCUCGGAAGCAUCGAGGCGAAUCUGGAUGGAGCCUUUGGCCCGCUGAAGAAAGUUUACUACGACAACCACAAGCUACCGAACGGCGAGAUGUACGGCUACCGUGCAUCCAAGACGGCGCUCAACAUGAUCAACGCCAAUUUGGCUAUGGACCUCAAGAAGGACAAGAUCGCUGCUGUCGUGCUUCAACCGGGCUACGUGAAAACUGACCUGACCCACGACAACGGUGUCGUCGAGCCUGAAACAUCCGUCGCCGGCAUGACCAAGGUCCUGUCGGGUGUCCAACUCGAAGACACGUCCAAGUUCUACGACUUCCAGGGCCCCGAGCUGCCCUGGUAAAGCAUUAUACCCGCCAAAACACCGCGAAUUCGUUAAAUCAAAAGAAUUCUUACUCGCAACAUUUCUAAUAAAAGCAAUGCUUGAAUCAUUUGGAAGUGAAACGAACAUGAAGUGCAAAGUAACCUGAUAGGAACCAUCUCCCACUC